GAUGCGGAUUUGCUGUGUAUCCGAGGUGCUGGAGAUGCGCCCCCUUGCGUCCGGGUGCUGGAAGCGACCGAGCCAAGUUUCUCCCCCUCCUCUCUGGAGCUGUGUAGUAGUAUCGGAAUGCGUCUCCUCCGCCACUGGUGAUGCCUUUGUCGGCGGGUCUCGCGUGGUUAUCGGUUGUUGCUUAGAAGCCGCCUUUUCCCCCCUGGAGGAUGAGCAGCACAGAGAUUGAUGUGUUGGAACAGGCGAGCUGUCGUCCCGAAUCUGCCAAGAGCACAAAGAGCUCGCACCUACCGUCCAAAGCAUCUCCAAGAGAGGGUUACAGGCACGCGCCGCAAGUGGCGGCCAACGGCGUGCACGACAUCGAGGACCGCAUUUUACGCAUGACGGGUUACUACGGUUACUACCCUGGAUAUUCCAGCCACAGAAGAGAUGAAGGUUCGGACUCCCACAUCGAGACUCCGGCCAGUGAGAUGAGUGGCGAAGUCACCGCCUAUCAGACCUGUGUCAACGCAGCUCUGAAGGUCAUAGGCGGCCUGCUGGUGGUCCUAUGUGUGUCCUCGUCCUGGGUGGGCACCACUCAGGUGGUCCAGUGGACAUUUAAGUCCUUCUCUUGCCCUUUCUUCAUCUCCUGGUUUAGCACCAAUUGGAACAUCCUCUUCUUUCCUCUCUAUUACUCUGGCCAUGUGGCCAUCACAAGGGAAAAGCAGACGCCCAUUCAGAAAUUCAGGGAGUGCAGUCGAUUGUUUGGGGAAGAAGGAAUGACGCUGAGACUGUUUCUAAAGAGGACAGCACCUUUCUCCAUCUUAUGGACUCUGACUAACUAUCUGUAUGUGCUGGCGUUGAGGAAGCUUACAGCCACCGAUGUUUCAGCACUCUAUUGCUGCCACAAGGCAUUUGUCUUCCUCCUGUCCUGGAUCGUCCUCAAAGACCGCUUCAUGGGUGUGCGGAUUGUAGCUGCCAUUAUGGCCAUCACAGGUAUUGUCAUGAUGGCCUAUGCUGAUGGCUUCCAUGGAGACUCAAUCAUAGGUGUGGCUUUAGCCGUAGGCUCGGCCUCCACCUCAGCACUCUACAAGGUUCUAUUUAAGAUGUUCCUAGGCAGUGCCAACCUGGGAGAAGUCGCCCACUUCUUCUCCACCAUGGGCUUCUUCAACCUGAUCUUCAUCUCUUGUGUGCCCCUCAUCCUCUACUUCACCAGGGUGGAGCACUGGGGCUCGCUGUCCUCUUUGCCGUGGGGUUAUCUGUGCGGCGUGGCUGGCCUGUGGCUGGUAUUCAACAUCCUGGUAAAUGUAGGUGUGGUUCUCACCUACCCCAUCCUCAUAUCGAUCGGGACUUUACUCAGUGUUCCAGGGAAUGCAGCUAUUGAUGUGCUGAAGCACGAGGUGAUCUUUAGCGUGGUGCGUCUGGCCGCAACCUGCAUCAUCUGCGUGGGCUUCCUGUUGCUGCUGCUGCCUGAGGAGUGGGACACGGUCACGCUGCGCUUCCUUGCCACACUCGCUGACAAGAAGUCAGAGGAGCAUGGAGAGGAGCUCACAGAGUCCAGCAUCAACAUGCGCAGCCGUAGCAGAGCUAACGGUGCCGUCUCGAUUCCCUUGGCAUGACCUAUGACCUCUAGACUUUGGCCCUAGUGCUGAAGAGUGCUAGAGAUCCGCCAUGAGGCAGUGCCGGAGUCAUGUGUACUUUGGGUGGAUGAGUAGCGAUUCUUGAAGAAAGAAAGUAGAGAUAGAGGAGAACUGGGAUCAUAACAUGCUGUGACAAUAGCCGCAAUAUCAACUGUGUGGAAAGUGGGCGGAGCUGAAAAUCUGAGGAUCAUAGCAUCACUUCUCUCUCCUUUAAGUGAGAUGAGAGGAGCAUUUUACAGACUGUGCUGAGGGGAAAAAAUCUCCCUUUAUAAAAGAAAGAUUUAUUUACUGUAUUUGUUUUUCAUGCUGGGAUUUCACGUUCACGUUAUCGGGAGGACAUUUUCUUUAGGGAGAUGAACUCUCUUGAUUAAUGGAGUAAAUAGCCUUUUCUGUUUGCACGCCUUCAUCCCAGCUAUGCCUGCUGAACCCUCACAUGGACUGUAUUCUGUGAAUAUAGACUCAAUCAGAGCCAAUUUGGCUCACUGUAUUAAAAUGCAUGUGUCUGAGAGAGAAGCGUAUAUAAUACAAAUGUUAUUUACAUUGUAUCUGAUGGUAUUAUACUGUACAUAAGAAGGGGAAAUAUAUUAUCCUAUAUAUGAACAAGGCUCUUGUUUCUUCUUACACUGAAAUUAAAAGUGAAAACCUGCCUCCAAAUGUUUAUUUUUGGCAAACAUUCCGAGUCUCACUAUCUUUCUGCAGGAUAAUGUAUCACUGUGACAGUUAUAAUCGUUUGGUAGUGAGAGGAAGCACAAAAUGCUCUGAACUAGAGCAACAUUUCUAAUCUGUUCUUUAUCACCAGUCAUAUUAUUUUAUGUGGCUUACCACUAACUGGUAUGUAUUAGUUUUGGGUUGUUGUUUUUUUUUUUCAUCCCUCCCCAGGGCCUUAACGUAUAUAGCUCAUUUAAAAAAGGAGAAAUAUUUGCCUCUGGGUAUAUAUAUUGUGAGGAAUACAAAUGUCAGAUGAAUAACAAUAGCUCAUGCACUAUUAAAGAUAAUAAUAAUAUUCCAGUGACAUUCUUGUGAUGGUAGACGUGAUGUGAUGGUACUUCAUCACACUAAUGUAGUUGUCUUUAAUUUGAGUGAAAGAGAAGGGAUAUAACCUUUAUAAGCUUCUAUCUAACUUUUUCUUUUUUUUUGUUUGUAAAAUUUUGUUUCUCUAACAUUUAGGCUGUAGGUAAAGUGUACAUUGUGUGUAUACAUUUGUUUUGAGUGAUUGGUGUCGAUGCCCCAUUAAGUUAAAACGAAGCAGAGAACAGUGUCUAGCAGAAAAAGAAAGGAAAACUAUUUACUGCUAAUCACUAAACUAUUUCAGUCUCAUUACAGUCAUCCUGGCACUUGGAGAGAGCACAGCAUGAACCCACCCACUGUAAAGAAGGAGGACUUGCAUCAUUUUGUUACGCCACACAAAUACAGGGCAUUAAGAGAGCUUUUUUUUUUUUUUUUCAGAUUGAGGGGAAUAAUUUAUCUAAUUUCUAAAUUAAGAAAAACUUAAGAGGAUAAUAUAAGACAUUCUACAAAUUCAGUAGUUUUUUUUCUAUUAUGUUUGUAUUGGAGAGUAUCUUCAAUGUACAACUUGAUUUAAGCAUACACAAAAACAUACACUUCUUGUAGGUGAUUUCCAAUAAAUCCCCCCAAAUUUUCCAAUAUUAAAACAUGGCAGAAAAUCAGGAAUAAACCAAGUAAUUAAAAAGUUUUUCUUUUUAAUCUUGCUAAAUCAACUUGAAAGAAGUAAUUGUUCUCUUGAUCAAUUUGGGUGAAUGCUUUAGCUGCUAUGACAUUUCUAUCCCCUGUUAGGCUUUCAUUUGUAUAACAAUGAGAAAAUUGAUCUAACUUUUCUUUGUUAAUUGUCAAAUAUAGAGCAUACCUAAACUCUCCCUCCUGCUUUAGUUUCGCAUUUCUUUCACUUCUUUCUAUAGAUCAUUUUGUGCAUAUUGAGUCAUUCCUGUUCUUCUGCAUAUAUUCUUGUAAUCUUUCUAUCCUCCUCUUUGAUAUAUUUUCUCAGAAUUGCUCAAUCAGUAAUAUUAUCAAUGUAAUAUUAUGAUAUAUAAAUGUUAUGUACAAGGCAUUCUGGUUAACAGAGAAUCUGAGUUGACAAUUGAAUGUCAAUGUUGAAACAAGCAUGUCAACACCAAAAAGACCCAAAUAGUUAAUGUUUCAUUAAUUUGAAUUAUUUUAGCACUUAUUAUUUAAAUAUGUGUACAUAAUAGAAAACUAGUUGCAUUUUGUAUUUUUUAAGAGGUAGAAGAUGUUUGGCGGUGACACGUUUUAAAAUAACAUCCAUAUGUUGAAGUGACAUCUACUCACCAUGUGGUCCAGCUGGAGGAACAGGUUUAACACUUCGUCCUAGUCUCGUGUUUAGGGUUGUGCCAUAUAUUGCUUUCCUGCAGAGAAAUUUUUCUUUGGGUUUCAGCAAACAUAAAAAUUUUAGGACAGAACCUUUUCAAAAUA